UUUUAAGAAAAAAAGGGUAUUGUGUUGCGACGUUCUCAGCGUUUUCCCCCCCUAAAAGGAGCUUUGUAGUGCAGUCGAGGCCUGUGCGCUUCAAGCAAAUUGAAUUGGGAGAUGGAAAUUUGAAUUGAAUCCCCUUUGAAGAAGAAUCCCACCACUUAACUCGCUUCUGAAAUUUUCUUACAAUCCAACCCAGUUGAUUAUUUUCAAUUCUCAAGAACAAAGAUCGCUGUGGGCGUUGAUUUUGAUUUUGUAAGGAAAAACCCACUUGAAAAUGUCUUCGUCUUCUCCGUUUUUCGGACCCCCAGAAAUGGUUGUCAAGAAUCGCUUUCUGGGUUUCCUUAUUUGGCAAUUUAUUCCUUCAACCUUCGUUUUUUUCCUCUUCAAAAUCUUCGUUUCAGCCAUUUCUUCUGUUUCUUUUACCAGUUCCUCAGCUGGAACUAGGAACCCAUCUGCCCCUUUUGCUUCAUUGCUUACUGGGUUCCUUACUUUUCUUACAUUUCAUCUUUCUCAGCUCCUUUUUUCUUCUUCCCUUUCUCUUCUUGCUUCUCCCCAGCUCGAGCGACCUGCCGCGCCGCUUGAGCUCGUGUUUGGGCUCGUCCGGUUUCUUGUAGUUUCAGGUGGUGAUAAUGCUUCAUCAGCGUCGGCUUUGAAGGAUUUUCGCCGUCGGGCUAUGGCUUCGUUCUAUUUGAUUUUGUUUGUUGUGGCAACUGCGGUUUCAGGUUCCUUGGCCGCGGUUUCCAUAUGUUGGGGGAAAUCAGAUGGUCUUAGAAGUGCGUGGCAUACGGGUCUCUUGAUGGGUUUGAUUUAUGGCAGCUUCUAUGUUUACAAGAAAAGAUGGGUUCUAAUGUUCCCAAUCAUACAGCGUCCCCCUUUUUUCAGCUUCAAGAUGGGUUUUCCAUCAGCUACCACGUUGGCUUCCAAACUUUCUGCUGCGACCUUCCUUUUUUCAGCAGUAUUAAUGGUGCUUCUGCCAGAUCAACAUAAGAAAAAUGUUACGGUCAGAAAAUUCAUUGCUAACCAGACCAUUCUAUUCAUUGGAAGUUUUGCAGUAUUUCUUUCUUGGGAAUUGACUCACCACUUACAUCGGGUCCUACACACCAAAAGGUUUGCUUUUGCACCUCCAAAGGGUUCUGCAGCUGCGGAAACAAAUCCUAGUGAGCACCUCUUUGCAGCUCUGGAGGACAGCAACUCUGGGUCACUUUUGCAGUAUCUUGCAUUUCUUGAUCUCUGCAUGGUUUGUGAGACUAAUGUUGAUAUAUGGAGGAGAGCUGCAUUUUUUGAAGAAACAGGGGACACGUACAAGCGAGUUAUAUCCAUAUCCUUGAGGCCUCUGGAGCAAUUUGCCCUGAACUUGGGUCAAGGUUUGGAAGGUGCUGUGGACAUGACCUCCCAACUAUCCAGACAGUUAUUACCGCCAAAUGACUCUCACUUCGAUGUAAAACAAUUGGAAGCUCUUAAAAACUUUCAGUUGUACGCAUGGUGUGCCCGUACGGUUUCUACAUUGACUGCACGCUCACAUGUGGAAGAUCGAUUCGGAGUUGCCCAGCUGUCUGGUAGUAAUGCUACUGUUAUGUCAACAUUAUUGUCUUGCCUACUUGCUGUUGAAGUGCUGAUGGGGAAGAAGACUAAUAUACAAUCUUCGCACGAUCUAUUCGGCCCAGCUGGUAUUAAAUGGGCAACAACUAGUAUUAGAAGAGUAGAUGCUUCAGUUGGUAAAAAGAAAAGCGGGCCGCUGCACUUGAAGGCAUAUGCAAUUGCAGACGUAUUGAGGGUCUCGAUCUAUCUCAUUGUUACCGCAUUCCACAAUGAGAUGCUGAACAGUGCCAAGUCUGGUGUUCUUGAGAAAGAUUGGAUCACGGAUGAAAAACCCCCUUUUGGUACUCGCGAGUUGCUUCUGCAGAAACUGCAUAUUUUCUUGGAUUUUCAAGCUUAGAUAUAACCCGGAAUUCAUUUUCCCGUUUGCGACCCGUCUAGCGAAUUAUACCGAGCCACCUGUUAGGCAGUUUUGUCCUUUCUAAAGAGUUAUGAAUAUGAAGAUGAUGUUAAGAAUGAUGGAAGUUCACAAACUAUGUUUGCAAGUUUGUAAUACACUUUACAUCUUUUGUCUC